GUCCACAAACAUGCUCAGUGUAUUCUAGCGCGUGAAGGAAUCAGCAUGGAGUCAGGCAUGAAGUACGACGUGGAAAACGCAACAACUUUAGCGGAAUGGAAGAAACCACUGCUGGUGACGUUCGUAUUUCUAACGGUUAUUAUAACUGGAUUUGUCUCGUACACCUACAUAUACUUCGAAGAAAUCCAUCAGCGAAUGAAUACCAAUGCUUCACUGGCCAAGGAAGCGAUCAUCAUUCCUUCUGGAGCGGAAAUCGUUGAGAAGCCACGUGAAAGUCGUGAAGCCAACCCGUGCGAAGAUGACUCCUACCGGAGCUGGGAAACGUACGACCUCAACGAAACCAGAUUGAUCUACCGCUUAGAUCCGGAUGAAAACUUUUUCUACUUCAACCGACCACAGGGCCCCGAAUUCGUCGUGAACAACUAUGUGUGUGACGAGCUGAAACCUUUUGGUACGCAGUUGUUCCUUCGGAUGUUCGAAGAGAUGCAGUCGACGUUUGGGUUCGAUCAUGCCAGAGGUUUACUAACUCGGGCAAACCAAAGUGAGAACCCAUGGACUUGGACCGAACUCGACUCACGGCGAUAUUUUGUGAAUUUUAGAAACUCAGUUCUGUCGUAUGUGAUGAGUGCUCCAACCGGUAAUGAUCCGCACCCCUUUGACUCUUCUGAAGGGGAAUGGUCCAACGCUAGAUCUUUCCAGUUUGAAUGCCCCGGCAUCAAGAUUGCUGACGAUUUGGGUUGGAUUGAAAUGGGGUGGAUAGCAAAUGGCCACGCCAAGUAUCCCGAUAGAGAUGCAGAGAAUUUGUUGGAGUUCAGUGCAGUUUUCAAAUCCAUUAACGCGUGGCGAAUGCUAGCGGAUGACUGUAUUGCAAACUAUUUGCAGUCUAGCAAGAAUUUGAAGAUUAUGUCGUAUUGUGACUGCCCAACGGAACAGAUAAACUGCACGAAGAACACAUGCACCAAGAUUUGGCAGUGGCCUUUAGAAAGAUUGGUUAGCUUCAAAAUAUGGUACACGAAUGGUCAGUGGAAUUUAGCGUAUCGAUACGGCAAGUCGGAAGGAAGUGACGAAAUUGAGUCAAACUAACUGUAAUUCAUAUUUAUUGAAAGUAAAAACUAAAUUGUGAAAACUUCUA